AUGCUCAACGUUAUGGAUUUCUCCUGCCCGGAUCCGCUUUACUCCAAGUACGAGGAGAGCUGCGAGAUGAAAACCGGAGACCUGCAGGGCUUGGGGCAGCCUGAGCAGCAACUUCUGGCAGAGGCCGAUUUCCUUGGAGGUGAGCUGCUGGGUGUCCCCGGCAGCGGCGGGGCCGUGGAUUACUCCCUGCUGGGCAGCCAGCCCUCCCCUUCCCUCAGCUACACCGGCAGCUUCUUCAUCAAGGCAGUACCGGAGCACCCGCAGGACCAGGAAUCCCUCUUCAACCUGAUGUCGGGCAUCCUGGGCAUCUCCCCCUUCGCCUCCUCCGAGGGCCACCAGAGGCACCUGGACGCUCUCUACCCCUGUGCCGAGGUGGCUCAGGGCCAGCUGGACCUGUACCCGUCGUGCCAGCCCGAGAUGAGCGGGUCCAGCCCGGCCCCGUUCCCGGAGCCGGGCUACGGCGCCUUCCCCGCGGCCGAGGGCGCCCAGCCCCUGCAGGGAAACACCUCCCAGUGCUUCUUCCAGCCCAAGCUCCUGGACAGCAAGCAGGACAUCAAGCUGUCCUCCGGCUCCCCGCCCCUGGACAAGUUCAAAGCCACCUGUGCCCAGUGGGAGCCCAUCUCCCAGCAGCACCAGGCCUACCUGCCCGCCGGCUUCCACUCUCCCGAGGGCUUCCCGGGCACCGACAGCGGCCCGGGGCUGUUCCCCCCGCUGGGCUCCAAGAUGGAGAGCGCCUUGUCCAUCAGCUGCCAGCCCGAGCUCGGCAGCCUGGCGGAGGACGCCGCCUGCUUUGGAGCCCAUCUGGGCUUCGGCUGCGAGCCAGAGAACUUCCCGGCCCGCGGGGACUUCGCCGACGGCAAGAUCCACAACCUGCCCGGGCCGUUAAUGCCGGACUUCGAGGCCUCCUUGGCCCAGCCCGAGGUGCUGCCGGGCCUGAUGGGCUCUGCCGAGCUGCUCCAUCCUCACCCCUCUCCUUCCGUGCCCCCCACGGACUUCCUGGGCCACGCCGCGGCCUCGUCGCUGCCCGCGCUGCUGCCCCCCAACCCUCCGGCGCUGGCCGAGCCCAAGAAGAAGGCGCGGCGCAGCAAGUGCUCCUCCAAGUGCUUCUGCCCCAAGCCCCACGAGAAGGCGUUCGCCUGCCCGGUGGAGAACUGCAUCCGCAGCUUCGCCCGCUCCGACGAGCUCAACCGGCACCUGCGCAUCCACACGGGCCACAAGCCCUUCCAGUGCCGCAUCUGCCUGCGCAACUUCAGCCGCAGCGACCACCUCACCACGCACAUCCGCACGCACACGGGCGAGAAGCCCUUCUCCUGCGACACCUGCGGCCGCCGCUUCGCCCGCAGCGACGAGAAGAAGCGCCACAGCAAGGUGCACCUCAAGCAGAAGGCGCGGAGCGAGGAGAAGCUCAAGGGCUUGGGGUUCUUCUCCGUGGGGCUCUCCUUCGGCGCGCUCUGAGCCGCGGCCUGCGCGCUGCCAGGCGCGUUUCCCGAGGUCCCCCGAGCGUCUCAGGGGAGAGCCGGGGUGCGGUUCCCUCCCGGUGGCCCCAGGAGAGGCGGCGGAGCCGAGCCGGGCGCCGGGGCCCGCGGGAGGCGAGGCGGUCCCGGCGGGGACGGCGAGGGGCAGCCCCGGCCGGCGGAGCCAUCCCGGACCGCGGGACUGAGCAUCCUACGGCUCCUGCUCCGAGGAGGGGAGAGCAG